UGUAGACAAAAGGGUGUGUGUCCCUCUCUCCUAUAAGUAGAUGCGAACUGUCAUUUCACAGUGCCAGUCAUCCUCGAUUCACCGGUAGCUUUACAUCAGCCGCUAACGUUUCGAUUCUUUGUGAGAAAUCUGCUUGCAGGAGACUAAUAAAAAUCAAAAGAAAAUGACGUACAAGCUGACAUAUUUCAAUGUUACCGGUCUCGGAGAGCCCAUAAGAUUUCUAUUACAUCAAAGCGGAAUACCGUUCGAGGACAUUAGGAUUUCUUCUGAAGAAUGGCCGCAAAAAAAAGAAACUAUGAAACAUUUGCCUAUGGGACAAAUGCCGAUUCUAGAGAUCGGGGACGGUAAAGUGUAUCAUCAGUCCAAGGCCAUUUCUCGCUUUGUCGCAAAGAAAGGUAAUUUAUAUGGAUCCGACGACGUCGAGGCUAUGGAAAUCGAUGCCAUCGUUGAUACCAUAGACGAUAUGAGAAUAGCUUUGUCGACUUACUUUUGGGAAACAGAUCCCACUUAUAAAGAGAAGUUAAAGGAAGCCGCUCACAAAAAACUACCCGUUUACCUCGAUAAAUUGGAAGCUCAAGUUAAGAACAACAAUGGCUACUUCGUUCGUGGCAAGUUGUCGUGGCCUGAUCUGCUGUGGGCUGCGCACGCGGACUAUCUGGGUUUUGUACUAAAAGAAGAUAUAAACAAGAAUCAUCCGGAAUUGAAAAAAUUAGUGGAAAAAGUUCGUGCUCUACCUAAAAUUAAAGCUUAUCUCAGCAAGCGACCCAAGACCACGGUGUAAAAGCGCACACACAUUUUUUUCGUAUCUUUAAACAUUUUUGAAACACAAUUUUAUAGUAACUGAAAUAUUAUAUUUCGCUACGUAGCAUUGUUCUUUGUUUCUUCACAAUUUGUUACUUUCAUUAACACAUACAAAAAAUGAAGAGAAGUAUAUUAAAACCGCAAAAUAAAAUUUAAAAUAAUUUUCA